CAAAUCGCCAAAUCUGAGGGCCAAAUGGGUCUAGUAAAAGCAGACAUCCCCACAGAAACACGUCCUCGUCAUGUUGCAUUGCUUGCUGGAUUCAAUGAAGAUAUCUAUAAUAUCAGAAAUGCUUGGAGGACCAAUAUUCGACACUUUGAUACUAUUUUGCACAAUACUCAGUUUAGUUGGGCCUAUGGGCAUUCCGUUGCUUUAAGUCCCCUUAAGUUGCCUCCAGGCGAUCCAAGAAAUCUACGAUUGAAGCUGGAGGAUUACAACGCUGUCCCUUAUGACCCGAUUCUAGUGGAUAAAUUUGUUUUCAAUAAGUUUCAGGCAUUCAUUACUUUCGACCUUGCAAAAUUUGUGGAACUGGAUGAGAAAAAUGAUGAUGGUCGAUGUGGAAAGCUUCUUUUUCUUCACCUUAGCUCUGUAGACGACGUAGCGCAUCGUGUUGGCUCAAAGGAUAAUUUUUUCUAUCAAACUCUGAACAAUGCGGACAAUUUGGUCAAGGAGAUACAUCGCCAGUUGCGUCUUCAUCUUAAUCAAGAGGCUCUCUCGGCGACGACUUUCAUUGUCACCGCGGACCAUGGAAUCAAACCUGAAGGUGUGACAUCAACAUCAUUAAUCUUCAUGCUGUACAGUUUUGCCCUCCAACUCCCAGGUAAUGCUAAAUUUGAUACCAGUCUGAAAUCAUCAACACAGGGCACUGUGCCUCUCGGUCUUUUAAACACAUCUAAGGAAGUGAAGGCGAGUCUGGUUCGGGAUAACAUUUGUCAUCUGAUGAAACUGCGUGAGGCUCUAAUUCGUAGGUCAAAUAGGCACUCCAUUCUGCCUCUCUUCUAUGCUCAUAAAAGAAAACUUCCAAACGAUUUUGAUGAUCUCUUGGUGAAGGAAAUGGCACUACAGAAUUCACUUAAAAUUGUUCUCUGGGCUGCGUGGUUUAUGGAUUUCAUUUUCUGGACGAUUUCAAUGGUUUUGCUAUCACUCUCUUUGGCUAUCAGUCUGAUGGACUCGCAGCCUUGUGGAUCUCCCUCGAAACUUCGUUUCUACAUUCGUCUAGGCGUAUUUGGACUGGCGUCCACAGAGUUGUGUAGAGGUAUGGAGUCAUGCAAUAACUUAACAACAUCACAAAUUAACCGCCGAUCCACUUGUUUAAAAAAGGUGAAGGGGUUUGACGAGCCACGCUGUUUUGCUGCCGCUGGGGCACUUCUUACGGUGGACCUCUUUUUCGACGAGGUGGAUCGUCGAAAAGGCAAAUAUAUGGCCAUUCUACUGCUCAUCUUAGCUCUAUUUUUGGGGUUGUGGAUGUGCAUCUUGCACGAUCAUCUUCUUCUUCUAACUAUUCUCCGUUCUAGAGGUUUUCAAGUCAUGUUCGUGCUUUUGCUUGCCCUCUUUUGGUUUCUAUUCACCCGCCAGAUUGGAGCGGUAAAGGUAGAUUCUAUUUCAUGCAGUGCUUUCCUUCACACUAUGGAAGUGUUGCAGUUUUUGCCAUAUCAUCCAGGCAAGUCAGAUUUCUCCCUGGGAUCGAAUGCUCUUGGAGUCACGUGCCAUGCUACUGAAUGUAUCCUUUUAGUUGUGAAUUUCCCACCUCUCGGCCUUCUUAUCUUCUACAUUUAUGCCACUUUGGAAAGAGGGCACAAGCAAGGAAUGUCUGCCCUACGCGCCCAAGCGCUAGCCUGGAUUCUUCUCACGCCAUUCACCUUUGUGCAAGGAACCGCAAAUAUCGGCUACACCGACAGUUGGAGUCAAAUUACUAAGCAUCUUGCCUACUUUAUCUACUUAUCAGUAGGACCUUUGAUUUGCGCCCUUGUGUUGUGCUGUAUCAUUCGAUUCCUCGUUAUUUGCAUGAUUUACGGCUGCUGA